AUUGAAGCUGAGCCAGACAACCCUUACGACAAGCAUGCUAUUGCAGUUUAUGUUAUGUCUUCAUCAGAUUACGAAAAAGUAGGCUGCAUAGCAAAAGAACUCACACAAUAUGUUCACCCAGUCUUGUUCGACAAAUCACUUGAUGUAUCGGUGAAAAAGAUUCGUUUUUGUACCACAUAUUGCAUGGUGGGAUACUACUUGACAAUUAACAUCAGCAAGAAAGGUUUAUGGGAUAAACAAGUCAUCAAUGCCAGCAAAAGAGUCAAUUAG